CCCAGCUAUUCUUAGGAGCCUCCCAGGAGCUCUGCACAGCCUGGCCAGGCAGCAAGGGACACAGCAGAGGAAGCCGCUGCUGUCAACACCAGAAUGUCUUACAGUGUGACUCUGACUGGGCCUGGGCCCUGGGGCUUCCGUCUUCAGGGAGGCAAGGACUUCAACAUGCCCCUCACUAUCUCCCGGAUCACUCCCGGCAGCAAGGCAGCCCAGUCCCAGCUCAGCCAAGGCGACCUUGUGGUGGCCAUUGAUGGCGUCAACACGGACACCAUGACCCACCUGGAGGCCCAGAACAAGAUCAAAUCGGCCAGUUACAACCUGAGCCUCACCCUGCAGAAGUCCAAGCGUCCUAUUGCCAUCUCCACAUCGGCACCUCCUAUCCAGUCCCCGCUGCCAGUGAUUCCUCACCAGAAGGACCCUGCUCUGGACACGAACGGCAGCCUGGCGACUCCCAGCCCCAGCCCUGAGGCGAGGGCCAGCCCAGGCACCCUGGGCACCCUGGAUUUCGGGGACACCUUUAGCUCCUCCUUCUCCCAGACCUCUGUCUGCACCCCACACAUGGAGGCCCCGGAAUCUGUCCUUCCUCAGGGCAGCCCAAUGGCCAAAGCCAGCCCAGAGGGUGUACAGGGCUCAGUCAGCCCCAAAGUUCUGCCAAGCUCUAGCCAACCGAGGCAAUAUAACAACCCCAUUGGCCUGUACUCAGCAGAGACACUGAGGGAGAUGGCUCAGAUGUAUCAGAUGGGCCUCCGAGGGAAGGCCUCAGGUGCUGGACUCCUUGGAGGGAGCCUCCCCGUGAAAGACUUGGCCGUGGAUAGUGCCUCUCCUGUGUACCAGGCUGUGAUCAAAAACCAAAGCAAGCCGGAAGAGGAGGCUGAUGAGUGGGCCCGCCGGUCCUCCAACCUGCAGUCUCGCUCCUUCCGCAUCCUGGCCCAGAUGACAGGGACAGAAUACAUGCAAGACCCUGACGAGGAAGCUCUGCGAAGAUCAAGCACCCCUAUUGAGCAUGCUCCAGUGUGCACCAGCCAGGCCACUACCCCGCUGCUGCCUGCUUCUGCCCAGCCGCCCGCUGCUGCCUCUCCCAUUGCGGCCUCGCCAACCCUGGCCACAACUGCUGCUGCCCAUGCUGCCACUGCCUCUGCUGCAGGUCCUGCCUCGAGCCCUGUGGAGAGUCCCAGGCCACAGGCCUCUGCGUACAACCCUGCAACAGCCACUUCUCCAGCACCCUCUGCCCACACCAGCUACAGUGAGGGUCCAGCUGCCCCUGCACCCAAGCCCCGGGUUGUAACCACUGCCAGCAUUCGGCCUUCUGUCUACCAGCCAGUGCCUGCAUCUACCUAUAGCCCAUCCCCAGGAGCCAAUUACAGUUCAGCUCCCUAUACCCCCUCACCUGCUCCCGCUUAUACCCCCUCACCUGCUCCCACCUAUACCCCCUCACCUGCUCCCACCUAUACCCCCUCACCUGCUCCCACCUAUUCCCCUUCCCCUGCACCAGCUUAUACCCCUUCCCCUGCCCCAAACUAUAGCCCUGCUCCCUCAGCAGCCUACAGCGGGGGCCCUGCAGAGUCUGCCAGCCGCCCACCCUGGGUGACUGACGACAGCUUCUCUCAGAAGUUUGCUCCUGGAAAGAGCACCACUUCGGUCAGCAAGCAGACCUUGCCCCGGGGGGCUCCAGGCUACAACCCAACAGGUCCACAGGUGACCCCUCUUGCCAGGGGCCUGUUCCAGAGAGCUGAACGCUUCCCAGCGAGCAGCCGGACUCCCCUCUGUGGGCACUGCAACAAUGUAAUCAGGGGCCCUUUUCUGGUAGCCAUGGGCCGCUCCUGGCACCCAGAAGAGUUCAACUGUGCCUACUGCAAGAACUCCCUAGCAGAUGUGUGCUUCGUGGAGGAGCAGAACAACGUUUACUGUGAACGGUGCUACGAGCAGUUUUUUGCCCCUCUGUGUGCCAAGUGCAACACCAAGAUCAUGGGGGAAGUGAUGCGCGCUCUGAGGCAGACAUGGCACACUACCUGCUUCGUCUGUGCAGCCUGCAAGAAACCUUUUGGAAACAGCCUCUUCCACAUGGAGGAUGGAGAGCCAUACUGUGAGAAAGACUACAUCAAUCUGUUCAGCACCAAGUGCCACGGAUGUGACUUUCCUGUGGAAGCUGGCGACAAGUUUAUCGAAGCCCUGGGGCACACCUGGCAUGACACCUGCUUCAUCUGUGCGGUCUGCCAUGUGAAUCUGGAGGGGCAGCCAUUCUACUCCAAGAAAGACAAACCACUGUGCAAGAAGCAUGCGCAUGCUGUCAAUGUGUAGGGGCCCAGAGUGGCUGCUGCGGGCCGGGCCCUGGCUGCUCCUGCUGCCGACAAUGAAGGAGUCAAAGAUCUUUCUUCUGGGGGGAAAGGGGAAUGAGAGGAAUGAUUGAGCCUUUUGAAGUCUAAUUUUAGUCUUUUCUGGUACACACAGAUUGUGUAUUUGCGUAGUUCAGACCAGAAGCCAAAAGAAGAUUCUAAAACCAGGUAGUAACUAAUCCUCAGCUGGAACCACACUUCAGCCUUUUGGGAAAGGAUUCCAAGGAAUCAAAACUCAAAAACAAAAAGAGCAAUGUUCAAAAAUGAUACAGCUCCCCAGCCAUCGCUGUCAUCAGUGCAGGGACAGAGCUCAGGGCAGUUACGGAGAAUCCAAAACACGCCGUGGAGUUCUGCAGUGCUCCUUGGCAAACAGAAGGAUGUGCCAAACAGUAUUUGCUGUGGGGUUAUUUUUAGAGCCGGCACUGAGCGCUCCUUAGCUGAGACCCAUUGGGCCUUCCUCACCAAAAAAGGAAGAGUCGUUCCUUCAGCACCACAGAGCUCCCUCUGCGCAUCAGACUUCAGAUGUCGAACAAACUGAAACAUGGUCUUCCGUACCAUGAAACCUAAAGCCAUGUCAGGCCACCACUGGGAAAAUGAAGAGGUUCCGGAAACGUCUUUGGCUCAUGCCACAGGCAACCGAGAAAAGAUGGACUCUCUUUGCAUCCCCCCCCCCCCCCUUCAGUCUGAAACAUCUAACGUCCCUGGGAAGCUUUGCUCCUUCUGAAUUGUCAUGGGGAAGUGAACGUGGGUUUUCUAGUUUUGCUUUACACAGUGUGUCAGAAGAGGUUUGCAAAGGACUCUGGGUAGGGUUUAGCCUCUGUUUGGCUUGAAGAGGGUCCUGAGCAUGAAUGUCCCAUGCAUGUAUUUCACCCCCACCCAUGACUGCUCAUGUUGUGAGUGGGGGUAAAAUACAUCUUCCACAGCCCUAUCCUCAAACAGCUUAGCGGAAAGAAAAGAGAGAUGGCGCCAAACACAGGGUGGAAGAGCAUGCUCUCAUGCCCAGCUGUGCUCCGGAAGAGUAGCUUGCUUUCUGCCAACCUCAUCAUGGGCUGUGGGAUACCCGCCUUCAGGGCUGCACCGUGCUCUUCACUCGUUCCUUUAAAUGCAGCACACCAAUUGCAUAAUCGUGCUGACUGCUGCAAGGAGGGGAAAAGAUACACUUGCCAUUUGGGCCAGUAUUUUGGAAAUAGCAUUGAACUAGACCUGGCCUUCAGAGUCCUUUACACAUACGUAGGGCUAGAUAGAAGUAGAGAAAGUGGCUCCUUUCUGGAUUGGAGAUGGUACCGUCACUUUUCUUCCUAGGAAGUGCUGUUAGGAAGGAGGUUCACUGGAAACGACAUUGACGCAGGCUGUGUGUGUACGUGUGUUUCUCACUGGAGCACAGUGUUCCGGCACUCUACAGGCUCACUGCCCCUCUCUCUUUACUCCUGUUUGGGAUUUUUCUCUUUGCAUGUUUGAAAUGCUUUAUGAGAAUGCAUUCAAACUCUUCUUUCUUUUGAGGACUAAGGCUUUCAGGAGACUGGUCGUCCUACUGAAGGGUGUCAGACAGAGCCUAGAUAGCCCAUGGUUUUUCUAAAUCAGGAAUCACCAGUCCCCUCUGGGCAGCAUGGAGGCCGGUUAGAACUGGGCUCCUACCAAGCGGCCCUUCUUUACUUUUGACUCAAAGCCUCAGGCUGGGUAAAUUCGGUUGGGACAGCCUGGAGAUUUGUUCAGAGAUACAGAACAGUACCUUGUGCACAGUCUGAUAUGUUUGGAAAGUACAAAUACACAGGGACAAGGAGCUUGCUGACCAAACAGAAAGGUUCUAAAGCAGCUGAUUUUUUUUUUUUUGAAAAAGUAUCUUAGUAUCUUAGUUUUUUUUGUUUUUUUUUUUUUUUUUUGAGACAGGGUUUCUCUGUAUAACAGUUCUAGCUGUCCUGGAACUAGCUUUUGUAGACCAGGCUGGCCCCAAACUCACAGAGAUCCCCCUGCCUCUGCCUCCAAGUGCUGGGAUUAAAGGUGUGCACUACUACUGCCCGGCUCAAAAAAAGUAUCUAUUAAAUGGUCUGAAACUAGUCUUGAGGAAGGGAAAUAAAAAUUCCCAUUAUGUUUUCCAAAUCUCUUUUUAAAGAUUUUUUUAUACAUGUGCACAGACACUGUUCCUCUAUAAUUUAUCAUUUUCUGUAGUAUCUUUAAGAAGAAAAGUAAAAUACCCCAAAGGAAAGCAUCACUAUCAUUCUAUAUUAAAUAGUUGUUUUAAAAGUAUAUAAUAGUUCAUGUAUAUUUUUGAAGGACUCUUAUUUUUCAAAACCAAAACAUUUUAGGGAUUAGAUGUAAUCAGAAUUUUCCUAGUACUCGGGAUGCUCUAGCUUCGCUUUCCAACACUGCCCAAAAACCAAUUUAAAGGUGGUGGGCAAGGAGCUAGUUUCGAGAAUGGUGCACUGAAUGAGCCUGCACAGUGUUAAGGUUAAGGCUGUGUGGCGUUCAGGUUAACACCAAGGCUUUCCCGUGACAGCAAACGGUUUUUACUGGCUCGCAGGAGGAGUACAGUUUGUCUUGUCUUCUUAUUGUUGGCAUUAAUCUAAUGUACUCACACACGCUCUCCUUUUGCAGUACAAUGACUUGUAUUGGCAGUGUUUGUGUUACCAAUCUAGUCUUUGCAAUGUGAACUUCUCAACCCAAGGACUCUUGCUUUGGGUGUUUUUCCUUUCUUUUUGGUAAGUUUUUUGAGGUGGAAUAUAAUGUGUUAGAGGUGUGCACAAAACUAUUUUGCAUGUUUUUCUUUCUCUUCUUUUUUUCUUUCUUUUUUUGGGGAGGGGGGUCUGUGUAGAUUCUUUUUAGCAAAAUAAAAUUCAGAAAAAGAUACACAAAUACUAAUUUUUAUUCUGUGUAAAGUUCUUUCAUUUGUCAUUUAAAAAACAGUAGCUGACAUCUAAAUGGCCACAAAUAAAAGUCUGAGACAAAAGAGU